CAAAGAACAGCUCCUUUGCGACGCGGGUAAGACAAACGUUAUCGUAGCAGUAGCCUAGUAGAUGGGCCACAAGUGGAGAAUUGACGGAAGAGAAUUGAGCAAUUAUCUACUUUACUUGUUCUUCUUGGGCGGUGACUAUUGGUGAGGUCUUGGCUGCGUUAUUGACUCAACACGCCUUAUUGAGCAGUCGUGCUAGACAUAAGUGCUGGUUUUCCGGAAUCAACGCAAGCGAGAACAGUGAGGGGGCUCUCGUCGACUCCGAGUGUGCCGAAUGAUGUCCUUUCUGUCGGGGCAGUGAGAAGGAAUCAAAGGUAUCUACAAAAGGACCACCAACGCCUCCUUUCCAAAGGUGUUGUUUUGAAAGUUAUGGACAGUGCGCUCUACCACUCAGCGGGAAUUUUCGGCACCCCCUCGGCUUCUAGAAACUUGACUGCGGGCGGAAACAUGAUCACCUCCACCAAGCCUCUCGCUUUUUCGAUCGAACGGAUUAUGGCCAGGACGCCCGAGCCAAAGUCGAUACCUUUCCCCAACCUGUUCCAUCACACUCCGGUGGGCAAAGCGGACCCGAAGCAGGCGCUCAACAUGACUUCAUCAUCACUGCAUUGCAUGAUACCAUUAGUGCCAUUGGCAUACGAACCGGGUCAUAAUAAACUAAAUAUGAAUGGAUUAGAAACGAGUCACUUUGACGCUUCCUCGUAUAAUUCAAAUGAGUUGGUCAGCAUUGGUUUGAACUAUAAGAACGAACAACCAGAUCUGAGCUCGCCGGUGGGACAAUACAAACUUUUUCGACCACGGGUGGUAAACCAGUCAUCUUUUCAUGCCAUGGGGGCUGUGUGCUACCUGAACUGCGGGCAGAGUGCAUGCCCACCCCCAGCCAGCAUCGUAAACAUCCACCCCAUGGCCUCCUACUUUCUCAACACUCCACUGCAGCAUGCGCGCCAGAGAGCUUUCCUCGCGGAGAAAAAUAAAGUGUCUCACUGUGCAGACAGAUACGCAUCCGGAGUUAAAGACAUUUCCCAAACUCAACUCCAUCACUACAUGAAAGAGAGCGCACAGAUUAUAUCGGACAAACUAUUCAAGGGCUCUUCCAAAUUGAACAGCGGUUGUCCAAGCGGCAAACCCAAAGUAUUCACCUGCGAGGUUUGCGGAAAGGUGUUCAACGCCCACUACAAUUUAACGCGCCAUAUGCCCGUGCACACUGGAGCGAGACCAUUCAUCUGCAAAGUAUGCGGCAAGGGAUUUCGACAAGCAAGCACCCUUUGUCGCCACAAAAUUAUUCAUACUCAGGAAAAGCCUCAUAAAUGCAACCAGUGUGGAAAAGCGUUCAACCGGAGUUCAACUCUUAACACUCACACACGAAUCCAUGCAGGUUACAAACCUUUCGUCUGUGAGUUCUGCGGCAAAGGAUUUCAUCAAAAAGGUAAUUACAAGAACCACAAAUUGACACACAGCGGGGAGAAACAGUUCAAAUGCAACAUCUGUAACAAGGCCUUCCACCAAGUGUACAACCUGACGUUCCACAUGCAUACGCACAAUGACAAGAAGCCCUUCACGUGCCCGACUUGCGGCAAGGGAUUCUGCAGGAACUUUGACCUGAAAAAGCACAUGCGAAAACUACACGAUCUCUCUGGAUCCCAAUCCCCUGCUACUCUCGCCACAGGCGAAACUAACUAAAAAGCUCCGAGGCUAAAAUGCCAACCAUGCGCCUUUACCGCACACUGAUUUGCCCAAAUCUGGAAUUACGCAUGCGAGUUUAGACCGCGCAAAGAUGCUGUGGACUAUUCUAUUAGUACAUAUUUUCCUUGAAUUUGACAUUAUAAUGUCACUAUACUGUUGUUUUAAAUCUCAGGAUUACUGUAAAAUGUCGAUAUUUAUUUGAAACUUUAUAGGCUAAUAAUUUAAGAGAAUAAUUGAAGACUAUGUACAAAUUAUGUUUUGCUGUGAUAAGUGUGGUAGCCUACCCCAUUUUAUACGAUGCCCUUGAUAAAGUUACAUGAUUUUCCAACACUUGUGUAUAUGCAAAGUUUUGCAGGAAACAAGUGUCUUUGACACAUAGACCUACAGGCUACG